AUGGAUGAAUCACUUAUCAAUGGGACAAUUAUGAAAUAUGCUAAUGCAGGAUGGUCUCGUGUCAUUUGCAUGGUCUGCCCUCAGUAUAAGGGCGCACUCUGGACAAUCGACCGGAAACAUCUCAAUUCUCACUGCGAGAGUGCUAGGCACCAUCGACAUGCUGUGCUCCAACAUUCUGGGAGAAUGUGUUUAUCUAAACCCUUCUUCCGUGUAUGCAGACGUACAACCCACGAUGUCAAUACCUUUGACAAGGAUGUACCUGGACCUUUCCAGGGUGAAAUAGGCCAACAUGAGCCCGAAGACGCCUCCAUUGAACCUGAAAGUGGGCAGCCAGUAGCAAUAUCACCAUCCAUUGAAGAAGAAGUCCUGCUGUCACCACCCGUUGAAGAAGAGGUCCCACUGUCAACACUUUGGGAUGUAGAGUGGGACCGUCAUAUUUAUGAGAUCAGUGGCAGACAAGAUCUUUUUGCAGAAUUGAAGACUUCGCUACUUGGAGGCACUAGCCUCUUUGCAACGCCUCUUGCUGCUCUCAAGGACGAGAUUUGCACUCAGGAUGAUGGAUUUGAUCUUGGAAUCGAGCUGUCGGAUGAAAUCCCUGCCGAGUAUACCCCGACAGUCAAACCGGGGAGCCCAUACUAUCCUUGGCCAUCGAAGGCACACUUCUUAACCUCACUUUUGUUCAGCUCCGCACGUCUACCCUUUUCAGACGCACAGAAGAAAGCUGCACUCACCUGGGCCAAGGAACUCGGUGCAUGCGAUGUCCCAUCUCUCAGGUCCAUCAAGCAAUCGAAUGACUGUAUAUGUGAACUUGUCGGAAAUCCGAUACGCAAAGUUACAUUGGCAUCCGGCAAUAUCUUUUACAUCAAUGAUAUCAGACAUGCGAUUGCGAAGGACUAUGCCAACCCACUCACCCACUUCUCUAUGCUGGAUUAUCCGGAGGAUGGAGGAGCCGGGAUGUCGCAGGAACGCUCGGGAGCCUAUUUUGUUCCUGAGCGAUUUUUCAACGCCUCAUAUGGAUCAUCGAAUCAAAGGGACUCACAAGAUCUACGACAGGAGAAGGAAUUGUAUGCCAUGGGUCAUGCAGUGCAAUAUACAGAUGCUGGUUUCAUUGUCAAUGACAAGCAAGAGGUCAUGCCGGUGUCGAUCUUCAGGCGCUCAUUUGAAGAUAUCAUGGAUGAGCUUGUGUGUGGGGUCACACCAUUGUCUGAGAAAUAUUUGAAGCUCGUACCGCAUCCACUCCGUAAAAAGGCAAAGGGUCGGAUGAACAAACAUCAUGCAAUAUACACGUCGAACACCAACCUACCUCGGGAGAUGUUAGAGAAAGAAUUUUGCGUUCGAUUUGUAAUGUCGUCCCCACAUGCAGCACCAAUGGAAUUAAUGCAUUCAAUGAGGGAGUCUAUCAGCAAGGCAGCGGACUCAGGGAUCAUUGCGUGGGACUGCAAAUUUGACGAGGAGGUGAUGCUCGUUCCUCAAGGUCUAUUUUUAGCGGGGGACAAUCCGAUGCAGGCUGAGGAAUGCAGCCAUGCUGGGACCUGCCAUGUCGGCGGCACAAAAGAAUAUAAAGAAUCAGAGGUCGGUUAUAACAGUAUUUUUAUGGAAGGAAAUCCCCGAACACCUGAAGACAUGAAGUCUCAAGUCUGUCAGCAGUUUGACACAGCGUUAUGCUCAGGAGCUGCCGGGAAGAUUGUGACCACAACAACAUUGACUGGAGUUUGGGACUCUACCUCAUCGUACCUCAUCAAUGCGCUGGUGGAAUUGGGAAAGAAGCUGCAAAAGCGCAAAGCAGGGCAGCUGGCAUCGGCAGAAUCUGUUGUUCGUGCUGCCCUGGAGAAACAGCUCGAGGACAUGUUGCAAGGCAGGACAAUUGAGGAUGCAAUAAACCCCCUUCUGGGAAUGGACAGACUGAACAUUCACAUGGAUACUCCUACGGAGAUCCUUCACACUGUUCUCCUUGGCGUUGUAAAGUAUUUCUGGGGCCAGACCGUUUUCCUCCUUGAGAAAGCUAAGCUGCUCGGUCUCUUUCAGACAUGUCUCGACUCAUUGGAACAGGAUGGCUUGAAUGCGCCGUCCUUGAAUGCUGAAUAUAUUUGCCACUAUAAGGGUGGUUUAAUUGGCAAGCAUUUCAAAAGUCUUGCUCAAGUUAUGCCAUUUUUAAUCUAUGAUCUCGUCCCAAAGAGCAUUCUCAAUGGAUGGACCACAAUCGGAGAGCUGGUGGUGCUUAUUUGGCACACGAAAAUCAAUAACACUGAAAGCUAUUUGGCGGACCUCACUCGAACCAUCAAUGACUUUCUCAAUGUCACUGCACAGUGUGCACCAAGUGGCUAUUGGUAUGAUGCCAAUGCGGGGGGCUGGGUUCAGGGUGGCCCGCUAGUUGUCGCCCACCUUGAAGGUCAUCCAGAACAUAGCCGGCUGCUUGGGAUUCCCUAUGAAAGUUUAGCUGAUCCAGGUAAAAUUUUGGCACCCAAGACAUCUGGGCGUGAAUUUGGCCCAUGGACAUGCUGUGCGGAAAUAUUCAAGAGGGACGGUCUACAAAGACCAUCUCACUCUCAUUACUACCAGGGGGGUUCCAUUGUGACUAGCGAGCACGAAAAUGUCCAGUUGGGUGGGCACAUUAUUUUUCAAGACAUGGUGGAGAACAAGAAUUACUAA